GCAACUAGGGCGUUGGGACCUGUUGCCCAGACAGACUUCGCUGCGGUUUCAGACUGGAGGGAUUCUGGCGGCUGCUCCGCUGCCCGGCUGCCCAACUCUUGUGCUGCCCUUUGCUCCCAAAGGAUGUCAGCCUCAGCCUCCAGCUCCUCACAACUGGGCAUCAAGGGGAUCCUGAAAAACAAAAGCUCGUCGGGUUCCUCGGUGGUGGCUGCCGGUCAGCAGUCUGGAAGUAAUAGUCAAGAUGCAAAGAGGAAGAAAUCCCAGAAAUGGGAUGAAUCAAGCAUCCUUGAGACAUACCGCGCGGCGUACAAAGACUACGGUUUAAUGAAGGAAGAUGAGACUAGCACUCCCUGCACUAGUGCACAAGACGAUAAGGAAGAUUCAAUGUAUGAUGUUGAAGGAGAGGAAGCUACGACCCUCGCCGUGCUAGUUAAAAAACUAGCCGCCACUGAUAUUUCGGACCAGAGCUGUAAAGCGGAGGAACCAGAGUGCAGCGAUGCGUACAUGAAAAAAAUCCUCCUCCACAAGCAGGAGAAACAUCGGCAGUUCGCAAUGAAAAGAAAGCUUCACUGCCAAGAAGAAUUAAAUGUCAAAUUAGCUAGACAGUUAAUGUGGAAAGAACUACAAACCGAAGACGAUGACAGUGAAGAAAGCCCGCAAGUCGCGAACAAACAAAAGACUGCUGGGGAAAAAUCCGAGGAAGCUCCUCCAAGCGAUGAACUGAAAGUCUGGUCAUGCGAUGCAUAGACGGUAUCUGCUUCACCCUUGCAAUUGUUUGUGAAAUACAAACCUGGUUAACGUAAUACCCUGCUUCU